AUGAAGAUAUUAGGAAUUCCCAGGUUUUCAGUACUGGGCUGGAGCGCCGGUGGCUCUGCCAGCCUGGUCCUCGCAGCCAAGUACCCUGAUGCUGUGAGGAAGUUAGUGGUGUGGGGUGCGAACGCGUACAUCCUGCCCUCAGAAAUAGCAGGCUUCAGAAGCAUAAAAGACGUAAGCACAUGGGCGAAACGUCUGGGAGACCCCAUGAUGGAGGUAUACGGUAAAGAGAGGUUCGCCCAAUAUUGGGCGCGAUGGGUCGACGGUAUGACGCAAGCUUUGGAGGAAAAUAGUAUGGACAUCUGUAGAGAAUGGUUGCAAUACAUAAAAUGCCCCACAUUGGUCCUUCACGGUGGUAAAGACCCUGUGGUAUAUCCAAUACAUGCUUCUUAUUUAAUCGAGAAUAUAAAGUAA